AUGACUAGUCUGCAUCACAUACAUACGGCAUUCAACGCUAUAUAUGAUACAGUCGAAUUUCAUCCUGCCACCGGGUACUCUUAUAAAAGCCAAGAUGAUUCUUUAGCGCUGGGAAAUAAUCCAAUGCUCGAAACAGAAUCCAAAGAAUCACUUCAAUUUCAAAAUGAUUUCAUGAAUUCAAUGAAUUACGCAUUUGUGCAUACACAACAAAGGUAUAGAUUGCAGACUGAUAAGUUGGUUAGGGAGUUGAGUGAGAUGUCGGGUUUUGAGGAAGAAGAGAUUUCGAAUCGACCGCAGACACCUGUUGAGGAAUUCUCGGGUACUGCUACUCCUGAGACACCACCAACUCCUUCGACACCCGGGAAGAAAGAGCGUAAAUCCAAAAAGUCACACCGUCACAAGAAAAGGGAUGAAAUUGCAAACAUUAAUGAUGAAACUCUGAAAUCGAAAAAGAAGAAAAAAACACCAAGACCUGAAAAACAAGAAAAUCCCGACCUUCUCACAGAUGACAAAACGCCGGAUGAAACUUCGUCAUCCUCUAAAACACCAACGAAUCCAUCACAAGAAACUACUCCUAGGGAAACUUGGGAUCAAACCGGAACUGCUAAUACUUCUUUCUGCUCGCUGCAUACGAAUUCUCCGCCACCGCAAUUAUCUUCUGAUUUUGCAUUGACUCAAGUCUCCAAUUCCACGCAACAACAAAAAACCUCUCCUUCGUCUUCGUCUUUGCAGCAUCAAGCCCAACCUUUAAGUUUUGACUUUAGCAACGACAGUAAUGUUAUCUUUGAAUCGGGACAACAGCAUCUGCAACAAGAUCCACAAAAUCAGCUUUCAAGGAAUUUUGGUGAGCAAAGACAAGAACAAAUACAAUGGGAAGCAUCGCAAUUCGAUUUUAUUGAAGAUCAUAAUUGGGAUUUUUCAACUGAUUUGUCGGAUGCUGAUGCUGCUUUACUUGCGUCCUUACAGUUUCUCGAUAAUGAUCAAAUAUUUCAAAAUGAUAAUAAGUAA